ACAUUUUCCCCUACUGACAAAACUUGUACAUAUGCAGGUUCUAUAUCUGCUCAUUUAUUAUUGUUAUCCUGAGUGGAACAUUGAAAUCUAAGUUGCCAUUUUAUGACUAUACCACUAUUUAAAAACAUGUAUUGUCCCAGAGAGUCUGUGAGGUCUAUGAGGUUAACUGAGAUCCUUAUAAACUGACUGCAUUUCCCACAAUCCCUCAGCAGUAAAGGGGCUGGGCCACUAUUCCAGAACAGACAGCUCACCAGAACCCGUGCAGGAGGCCAACAGUGAUGGGAUGUGUAUUCACGCUUUCUGUUGCCAGGGGCUAUGAAGUGGGUCAACACCUGAGAAGGAGCUGAAAGGAGCAGCAGCAGCAGCAGCAGCAAAACUGAGACAGUUUUUGUCCUGCUGAAAGAGUACAAGAGGGGAGAGGCAGGCAGACUGAGCGAGCAGGAGACACAAAGCAGAAACAAUUGGAGAACACAACUGAAAUCAGGCACACUUACUUACUGUUGCUUUUAAAUUUUGAGCAGCACCAUUUUUUUUUAAAGGAAUUUGCAUCUCGACAAACUUUCCCACAACUUCAAACUGGUUUUACAAGCUACAUGUGGACUAACUUAACUAAAUUUACUCUGCUGUUAGGAAUAUAGCCUGAAUGAAUGAAUGAAACUUCUCAAAUAAUAACAUUUUGGGUUCCAUUUCCCAUCCUUUAAAAUUCUCAUUCAAGCUCAAGGGUGACUUAGCAUCUCUCAGCUCAAAGGCCAAACAUUCCUGGUGAUCUACAGGAGAAGUCAUUUCCUCUUUUCUCACACCUUCAGAAACUCUGCUCUACCUCCGCCAUGCAGACCCCAGGAUCUGAACAUGACGAUUCUUUUGAUUUCCUGUUUAAGAUCAUCCUGAUCGGAGACUCUAACGUAGGGAAAACCUGUGUGGUUCAAAAUUUCAAGUCAGGGAUUUUCUCAGAGAAACAGCAGAACACCAUUGGGGUGGAUUUCACUGUACGAACCGUGGAUAUUGAGGGGAAGAAAGUGAAGAUGCAGGUGUGGGACACAGCAGGACAGGAGAGGUUUCGUACGAUCACCCAGAGCUACUACCGCAGCGCUCACGGCGCCAUGAUCACCUAUGACAUCACACGACGCUCGACCUUUGACUCGGUGGCCGAGUGGAUCCGAGAGGUGGAGCUUUAUGGGGCAGCCAAUGUGGUGCUGGUUCUCAUAGGUAAUAAAUGUGACUUGGAGCAGGAGCGCGAGGUUCUAUUUGAGGAGGCCUGCAGUCUGGCAAAAGACAGAGGCGUCCUAGCUGCUCUAGAAACAUCUGCUAAGGAGAGUCAGAAUGUGGAAGAAGCCUUCAUGAUGAUGGCGAGGGAGCUGCUGUCUCGUAAUGGCCUUCACGUCCAGCAGGGGGACGUGGAGAGCAACAGCAGCACACCCAGAGUUCUCCUCCGGGCCAACUCUCGGCCGGUGAAUGGUGCCGGGGCCGUUUAUGCAACACCAGAGAAGAAGUCGUGUUGUUGAGGAAGAAAAGUGAUGGAAUAUGGAAAUAAAGAGUUGACAGUGGAUGGAUAAUGAGACGGGGGGUAAAAAAGAGGAAGAUCUUGAGGAUACAUAGAUGCAUGGAUAUGGCUGGCAACGCCUCAAGAACCGAGGAAUUCUGGGCCAUUCAUUGGAAAGUAUUGAAAAAUCUUGAAAAAAAAGAGUACUAUUCUGUGGCUGAUGACUUACCUGGUGCAAAUAGAAUUGUUUUGUACCACAAGGACAUAAAAGUCAAUGCAACAACCAGGCAUGUUUACUAAUGGGGGAGUAAAAGACAGUGAUCAGUGGUGAUGGGUGUGAUCAGUGUUAGGGGAAGGUUACAUUAAGCAAAUGUCAUUUAUAUCAGCCUUACCUGCACUGUUUUAUUCCCCUAUUUAAUGUCAUGUCAUCUGCACAAGAUGCUGUGAAACUGUCACUACUCCUAUUUUGGAAAUGUUUGCACUGCCAAAAAUGAAACAAUGAAUGAAUGUAAGCAAUCUAAUAUCAGAAACAGCAUAUCAGAAACAUUUACAAACUAAUGCAUUAAUACAGCAGUUAACACAAAAAGUAACAUCAUGUGAAACAAUAACAAUAAAGUUAUGUGCUGUUAUCCUUAACACAAUCAGUGCAAUUAAGUACAAACACAAAACAGCUCAAUAUCUGGUGUGUUUUUGUCAAAAUGCUGUAGUCAUAAAACUUAUUAUGAAGCAAUUCAUAUUAUUGUAGUUGGGUGAGUAUUUCACCCAGGUGAGCUCAUGCGGUGCCUCUGUGAUGAGCUGUGAUCCUCUGCUGCUCUGCUCUGGAUGAGACUGUCCUGGAGAACUGGUGGGCUCAAACCUGCUGAAGCCAAAAGACUGUGAAUUAUUACUUUUUUGUUUGACUUUCUCUUGUUACAGUUAUAUGCACAGUGAUGUCUCACAUUGUUAUAAAUGUAUUUAUAAGGGCGGUUAAUGUGUUAUUACGUGGAUUCACUGUCUGAUCAGCUCAUACAGUAUGAUGAAGGAGCAGAAGCGAGGAAACUGUUGGCUUGUUUCCUGGCUUUUCCUGAGAAAUUGGUGUUCCGUACAGAUUUUGGUGGAAAAUUAAAGGAAAACCCAACAUGAAGUGUAAGGUUUUGGGCCACUGCGUGCUGUCAGAACAGUGUCAAUGCACCUUGGCUUAGGUUUAACAAGUCUUUUAAGAUAUUACCGGAGAACACUGUCUAACAUGUCAGUCCAAAAUCCCAUAGGUGUUGAACUGUGAGAUCUGUUAACUGUGAAGGCCAUAGCAUCUAAUCUGUUCUGUCACACAUACUCUGUAACUGCACAUCGAUGCUCAUUGGCUCAGACAAUAAAGACCAAAUUAAUUUAAAACAUCUGAGAAGGCAA